AACUGACAACCUCAUCAACGUCGCACCCAGGCACGCCUGCGUCUUCUGCCUGAUAUCAUCACGCUCGCCGCAAACUUGCACGGCCUUUCCCCACGUGUCACACCAGCUCUGGGUCUCGUCUCUGAAGCUGCCUAGCAGAAUCAGCGCGUUCCAGCACCCUGAUUGCCAAGAAGACUCAACUUCUCGCCAUCGACUUCCCGUUUUGGCCAUCUCGAUAAUCGAAUACCCGGCCUACCUUAGGUACCAACGAAGCUUCCCGUCAUUCAACUCUGCGAGAGAAACCGAAACCUGUCCAACACAAACUUGCCGCCCCUGUCUCGCGCCAGCCCACAAGGGCUUUCUAUCGAAUUCCAGCGAUCACGAACGGGCCACUACAAGCCGGAACACAAACUGCAAAUCCUCGCAGCAUCUUAGGAUCGAGGCAAUAUCUUUUGUCUCGAUCUAUCGUCGCUGCACAAAUAGUUGAUUAGAGGCACCAGGCAGCCACGACAGUCGAGCCUCGGGGCUCAUAGCCAAACAAAUGGCAACCGACCUGGCAUCGCCGGUAGGCCUUGCCCACCCGGACGAAGCUGAAUAUAUCGAUUAUUCCGACGACGAGCCUGAUACCUCCCCUAUCAAGCCCAACGCAGAUUCAACAUCUUAUUUCGAGUCGGCAAAGCCCGCUGUCGAGACUUCCGAAAGCGCACACGGUGACUCUGCUGGCGUCGCAGAGUUACUCGCCGAAGACCUACACGAUGCCCCUGACGUGGCGACCACGGGGGCUGAAUCACUGCCCCAAAGCGAUGCUGUUCUUGCCGACGGCAUCCAACACAACGACCCAGAUUCUGUGGCGCAAGCUGCCCACACUGCCGAAGAUGGCCUGGUCGAGAACGAGAUUAGUUGGGAGGGCGAACAACAUGACGAACAAGAUGAGUCGAUGCAGCAAGACGAUGCCCUCGCCGCUCAAGACCAGCAGUAUCAGGAGGAUGCUGAGCAGUACCAUGCUAUUGCUGAUGGCCAGCUCGCGAACACCUUUACGGAUGCCCAGAGCCAUAUAGCACAAGACCAGGGCGCAGAGACAGCGUCCGCUAUCGACGGUGCCGUCAGUGCUCUGGACCAGUCUGUGCAAGAGAACGGUGACCUGAACGAGAUUGAUUACGAGGAUGAUGGCGGGAUGACAGCCGAGACUACAGAGAGAGACCUUGAAGGCCAGCAUGCAGAUGAAGAGCUGGAGCAUGAAACGGAAGAGAAUGUUGCGUUGGCGCAGGAGGUGCCUGAGCCUUCUUCUGUCGAAGAAGACGCCUCACACGAGGCACUCCUUGAUGACGAAGAGGAAGGUCACGAGGACGAAUCAGGCGCCGACCCGAGCACAAAUGCCGAGGCCCUGAUUGCCGAUUCAUCUGCUGCCUCCCUUGACACCCCUGGCGAGGAAGAUGCGCAGAUGCCGGUCGUCACCGUCUCGUGGCAUGGUGUGGAGUACCCCAUGUUCUACAAUUCUUCAAGCCAUCCCGACCAUUUCUCUGAGAUUACGCUCGGGAGCAUCCUCCAGGUCUUCGAUCACCUUGUGAAAAAUAAGGACCCGGAAGCAACGAGGCCGAUGUACGCGCUUUUGAUCACACGCCCAAAUUGUAGCAAGCGGUGGUCUUCCCUAAUAGAAGAUGCAUGGAACGGGAAGAACAUCGACGAAGUCAGCUACUCGUUCCACUCACGAGAUCAAGAGGCCAUCGAGGAAGCUGAGGUGGAGGCCGAGGACGCUGAGAUGUUCCUCAACCAGGACGACCUUGAUGACGACAUGGGCGGGGAUUUUGAUGACCUGGUUGAGCAGGACAACGAAGCAGACCAUGAGCUACCUGACUCUGCCGAUGAAGGUCGGGACGAUCCUGAGUUGACCAACGAUGCUGACGAAGGCACGACUACCCUCGACGCCAAUGAGCUUGACCUCACGGUCGACGCGGCUGACGACGUGGCUGCUCUUCAAGAAUCUGAACAAAUUGCGCCCCUUGAGACGGACACAUUGACAUCCGUCACGGCUGUAGACGAAGCAGACAUCGAUGCCGGUGCAGCAGACGCCUCGAUGCUGGAUGACGUUGCUGCCUUGGGCGAACUCGACACGGUACCAGACCCGGAUGCCACUGUGCUCGCGGAGCUCGACGAACCUGUCACCACGGCUGCAGUAUUGGAAGACGUGAAUGCGUCCAUUCAAAUGCCUGAGGCGAUCGAUGGUGACGGCCAACAGGCGACCGAACUGAAUGGUAUUUCCACCACAUUUUCUUCACACCCUUGUUCCUCCCCCGACUUCUGUCUAUGUUCGGAUUGCCUUCUUGGGGCGCUCGAAGAGCGGCAACGCGAAGAAAGAAGUUUUCGCUUGGAGUGUCUUGCCCGAGGUCAUUUGGCGCGAUGCCCAGCCCAGACCGAAGUCGAACGACCCGGCCCGCUGUUCAAUUCGUACCUAUCCAAUGGGCCCCUUCCCCGACACCUACGUACCCUCUCCGAUAUGAGCACUUCCUAUUCCACUACUUCGUAUACUAACAAUCUUCUUGAAGCACCUCUUCUUAGCGACGGGUUCAACCCUUUACUCGCUGCAGAAGCAAGCAACAAUGAUUUGAAUGAGCAGCAACAGACAACUGGAUACGCAGACAAUGAUGAACAGUUAGACCUGGACCCAGAUGAAACUGGCGUGGAUUUGUCUGUCGUCAACCAGGGGACCCCGGUUACCAGCGCGACCGCGACUCUAGACGGCGACGAGGUAGAUGAUCUCGGCGCCGAGAUCGACCUGACAGCCGACAUACCACAAGAUGGAGAGACAAUCAAUGGAAACUCUGAGCACGGCCCCAAUGAUCUCGAAGAGAUUGACUGGCGAGAUUUUCCCGGGGACGGCGAUGAUGAGGUUUCCCACGAGUCCACAUCAGUCUCUGGAAAACGACCCAGGACUGACGAGGACGACCUGCUAGGUGCCGAGGACGAGCAAGGUACGAUUGCUUCUUCUGACAAGACUUGA